GAGGAACUGCCUUCACCAUGUUCUCCAAGGUUCUUGUGUGCUGCCUUUUCGCCUACGUGGCUUCCCAGGUCGUCGUUGAACCGGUCCCCGCACCCCAGCCAUAUAGCUUCGGCUACGACAACGUCGAUGAGUUCGGCACCCGUAUGACCCGCCAGGAGACCGGAGACGUGAACAACAACAAGGUUGGCUCCUACGGCUACGUCGACGCUCACGGCGUUGCCCGCACCGUCAACUACGUCGCCGACGCCUUCGGUUUCCGUGCCAGCGUCCAGACCAACGAGCCAGGCACCAAGACCUCUGAGCCAGCCGAUGCCCCCACGUACUCUUCCUCCGUCGAGGUCCCGGCCCCAACCGUGGUCAAGGCCGUGCACGCUACUCCAGUGGCCGCUCCAUUCGUGUAUGGCCGUCACGCCGCUCCCGUCGUCUACGCCUAGGUUUUGACUCUAGCUAGCUUCAUAGAACAUUCAUCCUAGAGCCACCUACUUUGUCGCCCCAUAAGAUCUUUGUCGACAUGGUGAUAUCUAUUAAAGCUAUAUCUAAAAGUGUA